AUGCCUUACCUCACACUCAGAGAUGAUGCCCAGCUUUUCUACAAAGAUUGGGGCAACCCCGAAGGACCAAUCGUGACAUUCUGCCACGGCUGGCCCUUAAGCAGCGACAACUGGGAAAACCAAAUGGUCUUCCUAGCCGACCACGGCUACCGCGUCAUUGCACACGACCGACGCGGCCACGGACGCUCCACCCAAACCUGGGAAGGAAACCACAUAGACUUCUUCGUCGACGACCUAGCAGAGCUAUACGCGCAUCUACACGUCAAGGAUGCAGUCAUAGUGGGACAUUCCCACGGCGGCGGCGAAGUCGCGCACUAUCUCGGCAAGCACGGCACAGAUCGCUUCAAGAAGGCCGUCCUGGUCGGUGCCGUGCCUCCUCUGAUGCUCAAGACUAGCGCCAACCCCGACGGGCUGGACAAGUCUGUUUUCGAUUCCUUCCGACAGGCGAUGCACAAAGAUCGCGCCCAGUUCUUCUUGGAUAUCCCCAGCGGGCCCUUCUUUGGGUUCAACAGACCCGGCGCCCAGAAGAGCGAGGGCCAGAUCCGGCAUUGGUGGCAGCAGGGUAUGAAUACCAGUUUCAAGACGGCGUAUGACUGUGUUAAGGAUUUCUCGGAAACGGAUUUCACCGAGGAUCUGCAGAUGAUUGAUAUUCCGGUUCUUGUUCUUCACGGUGAUGACGAUCAGGUGGUUCCUAUUGGCGCUGCUGCGUUGAAGUCCGUGAAGCUUUUGCCUCAGGGCAAGCUGAAGGUCUAUAAGGGGGGCUCCCAUGCCAUUCAUAACACCAAUAUUGAUGAUGUUAACAAAGAUUUGCUUGAUUUUAUCAAGUCUUGA